UGAUGCUAAUAAACUAAUAUAUAUUCAACGUAUGGAACUUGUAACAUGUAUACACAACACGCGCAUAUAUUAAUAAUAUUAUGACAGAAACGUGAUAUCCGUAAAUGAAAAAUUAAAUGAAAAAUAUCAACGAGAGUUCGGGAAGAGGGAUUGUCGCAACCAUAUGGCUAAUAAUUGCAACUGUGCCGCGAAUGGGGAAACAUUGUAAACGCGAACAGUGUUGUCAGUGAUGAGGUGAUAGUCAUUAGUCAGCGAUCUCCGACGUUGCGCGGACCGUUCGUCUACCUCGAAAACCGUGCGCGUUCCUAAUCAAUUAUCAUCCAUUCUACUGUCCAAGUAUUAUUAUCUAUAUUUUAUCUAAUAAACCUUGCCGUCCGUGUACGUUAAUAAAUAAUAAUAAAAAUAUCGUCUAUCGAGCAUUUUGUCACUGUACUCCCUUGUCGCCACAGCCGAGUUCAAAUCGUGCACGGUUGCUAUCUAGCAGCAACCCGUCAGUUGUUCGUCGUCCGCUUUUCCCUCUAUCCAGGCUUGGAGUGUAACGUUAGUCAUCAUCUACACCCCGGACUUCGCAAUCGCUACCUAGCAACUUAGUCGCAGCUAGAACAUCUGAAACGAAACAACUACAAUGUUGAUGAUCGCUCAUACGAACGCAGUCACAUACAUCCUCAACUGUCAUCUAGGUGUCCCGGCUUGGUGACUGUUUGGUUUUUUGAUGGCUCUACUCAGUACAUCAAUUCUUAUAUUAUCUGUAACAUUGGCCAGUAUGAGAAAUGUGAUGAGUUUCAUUCAACUGAUUGUGUUGUUUCUGCCGUUUGCAUUAUCUGCAAGUCCAAAUUGGAUGUAUUUAGGUAUAAUAGGGAUACCACCACCUCUUCAACAGCAACAAGCAUCACCAGGUUCAGAGAUCGAGGAUCCAGAAAUAGUUCAAGCCAGAGCGGUUUGUGGUGCCUUGCCAGGUUUAGCCUCAAAACAAGUGGAUGUGUGCAUGAAGCAUCCAAAUGCUAUAUAUUCAGUAUCCGAUGGAGCUAAAAAAGCCAUUGAACAGUGUCAACUUCAGUUUCGUCAUGAACGAUGGAAUUGUUCAGUAAUGGAAAAUGAACAAAGUGUGUUUGGUCCAACACUAGACAAAGGUAGUAAAGAGACUGCCUUUAUCUACGCUAUCACUAGUGCAGGUGUAGUGUAUUCAAUUACAAAUGCAUGCAGUUCAGGAAGAUUAACUGAAUGUAGUUGUGACUCUAUGCAACAUGGUCAAACUACGCCUGAAGGAUGGAAAUGGGGAGGUUGCAGUGAUAAUUUGCGUUUUGGAUUACAAUUCUCUCGAAAAUUUGUUGAUGGUUCUGAACCCAAUCGGCCUGAUAAUUUCAAAACCACAAAACAAAAAAGAAUUUGGUCCAAUCGCCUCAAAAUGAAUUUGCAUAAUAAUGAAGUAGGCCGACAGAUUGUUAUGUCAUUAAUGAAAAUGCAUUGUCGUUGUCAUGGUGUGUCUGGUUCAUGUGAACUAAAAACCUGUUGGAAAUUUAUGCCAUCAUUCAAUGAGAUUGGUAAUGAACUCAAACAAAAAUAUGGAAAAGCUAUUCUUAUUAAUCAUAUCGCAAACAAUUCACAAAAGAAAAACAAUACAAUACAUCAGAAAAGAGAGCCCAGGGCUUUAAAGAGACUAAAAAAACAAAUGUUAAUCGAACCAAAAGAAUUAGUGCAUAUACAGAAGUCACCAAAUUAUUGUAAGCAAGACUUUGAAAACGGAGUAUUGGGUACAGAAGGUCGCAAGUGCAAUAUUACAUCAACUGGGCCGGAUUCUUGUAAUAAACUGUGUUGUGGUCGUGGUUAUAUCACUAAGGUUGUAAAGGAAGAGGAACAUUGCAAUUGCAAAUUUGUUUGGUGCUGUUACGUUAAAUGCGAUAUUUGCUACAAAAACAUUGAACAAAAAUCUUGUAAAUAAAUACAUGACAUUGAACAUGUACUUGAAAUUAAAUUUUCUAUGAUUGCUUCAAAAAAAAAAUCUUUAGUCUGUUGUUCUCAUGUAUAAAUGCAAAUUUUCAUUCAAUUAAUAGAAAUAAUAAAACAAAUUUUCAUAAACAUAUCAGUAAUAAUUAAAAUCAAGCACAUGCUAUAUUAUGAAUAUUUUUAUCCCAUUUGUACGUUUCCAAAAUCCCCUAAUGAAACUAUACACACGUCUUCCGCAAUUGAUUAACUGUCGCUUGCACUCGCAUACUCUGUAGUAUACGAAAGCACAUUGUGUAGCAUUUAGAGCAUUAUAUAUUUAUAUUUAGCAUUAAAAUGUAAUGAUGUAUAAGAAAUGUAACAUUAUUCCUUCAUAUAUUAAAUUAUUAUUCAACUAAAAGUUUUGUUUGUAUUUUAUUUUAAGACAUUUCUUUAUAUACAGACAAAAUGCAAUUGAAAUAUGUA